CGGAACGAAGGUAUGGCAGAGCACUAGUCCUUGGUGUGGUACGAUAAUACGUUUUAUAUUACACGAGUUGGUACCUUUCUCAGCAGGUACAAUAAUCUACCUUGGCAACCCCUCGAGUCAGUGUGGCGGCAUCGGCUGCUGGAGGAGGAGGGACCUACACGCCGGACAACGAUGGUGCAGUUGGCCUGCAGUUGCCUAAACAUUCGUCUGCAUGUGCAAGAGUCCCCUGAGUCCCUGGUGGCCGGGAUACCCAAUCUCAGUUCCUCUGAGAGGCAGCACCCCUUCUUCCUAAAGGGAGCUUGUCCUGUCACCCUAGGCCUGGGUGGCAUAACCGAGGGACAGAGGCUGUUGGUGCGCCGCUGUCGUGUGGGCAACUGGACUGUUCUUGAGUGCCUCAAUUGCCACCUGUUGACUCAUGCCACGCGGGGACAUGGAGGCGAUGUAGCGGCCAGCACCUUACUCAUUAGUGAUGUCAGCAAGAUCCAGAUGCUCCAGAAGUGUGAGGGAUACUCGCCUGCUUUCAACCUAGUGCUGCCCACCACCCUCGACAACCAGCCCACCCCUCCCCUCUCCCCCACUGAGUUCCCCGGCGAUAGGUCCCCAGAAACCGAAGCUGCCCUGAGUGAGGUGCAGCAGCAGUUGUCACGGUUCCUGAAGAAGGCACAGUCACAAGUGGAAGCCAACAUCCAGUCCUAUACCAAGCAGCAGCAGGCACUCCUCCAGGCCCUGACCCUCCGUGCCCGCAAGGACCGACAGACUGUUAUGCAGCUCAUCACAAACAUGCAGGCCAACAUGCGCUCGCAGUCUGAUGAUGACAUCCUGGGCUUCGACAUGGAUGGAGCAAGAGGGUCACAGCAACAGCAGUUGAGGUCUGGCGACGGGUUCAGCUCAGUCAUGCAGCCGGGCGACCUGGACGACCGUUACAGUGAUGAUGUGACGGGCCUGCCGGAUGACCCUGACGCAGGGCUGCCACCGCUGGUCAGUCUGCAGGGCCGGGGACCCUCACAGCCCAUGAGCAUGAACCACACCCAGGGAAUCACGGCUGGAAUGCACAACAUGCGGCUGUCAUCGUCAGUGGCAGUGCCACGCGCCAAGAAGCCUCAGGGUGGCAGCCGGGUGGCUCAAUCCCUUGACGUGGAAGGAUUGUUUGACAUGGAGGGUAUGAUGGAGGGCAGUGCCGCACCCAGUCACCCUUCGUACCACUCUGAUGAUGAGGAUGACUCGGAUGACUCCACCUUUGGCGAGGACUCACAGAUCUCUGGUGACCACGACUCCAUGAGGGAUCUGGCCAAGUCUGUACCGGUCAGCGUCCCCAUGUGGCCAGCGGCGCGGCCCAAGCCCAUGCCCGAUGACCAUGUGGUGGAGAGACCCAGUGAUGUCCAGCAGAUGGCAGCCUCCAUUAAAGCACUCGCCCGCAGUGUCCACACCACCUCCGUUGAUCUGUUUGGGGACCUUCCUCGGCCCCGACAGCCUCUGUAGGACGUGGACAGCUAGGGUAGCUCCGUGGAGUAGCGUACAACAGAGGCAGUGUGUGUGUUAUUAGUGUGCCUAUGCACACAUGUCCGUGCACAUGUGUGCAUACAUACAGCAAGAUCUCCCCAAUAGUGAUUUCCAAUUCUUUUCUAUAAUAACAGCAAGUCAAAAUAGAUACCAAGUUUCUACAAUGUUUGGAUUACUUCCUGGAAGGAAGCAUGUGCCAGCAUCUUGGAUGGCAUUUAUUUGCUGCCAUUUUGAUGGCAUAGUCAUCAGACUUGCAUCCUGGUCACAGCCAAGGACACGUGCACAAAGGGAUAUUGGAUGCCUCAACUGGUGGACUGAUACCAUUGUUUUCCCAUAUGAACCCCUCCCUCCUUUAUUUUUUUUUUUUUUUUUUUUUUUUUUUUUCCCUGAAGUAAAAGAAAUUGGUGUCUGAAUGACAUGAGGUUUCAACACACCUUAAAGGUGUUAAUAAGGUGUUUGGUAUGACAAUUGUUCUAAGGCUUGUGCAUGACAACCACUGUGGCAUCAACCGAUGGCUGCAUGCUUCUUGCCACUAUUGCUUCUCGUCCUCACCCAGUUCCAUCAACAUGUCAUCAAAUCCAUCAAAGCCAACCCUUACAAUUACUGGUUAUAGAGGUGAAAAUAUCACACAGCAGCACGCACACCACAACACAGGCUGCGGGUGAGCCGUGUUCUAGCUAUGCAUCAGGUGUCGUCUCUGACUCCUGACCCAAAUCUAAGCACAGCACUGAGUGGUAUCCUGAUUGAUAAAUGCUCUAAUCUGCAUAGUAUGACUGCUCCUACAUUUUAUUCCUUGCAUUCUUUACAUUUUCUAUACCAUUCAAUGGUGUGUUUGCAUGUAGGUCAGAAGUCAGACACUGGUACAUUGUUAAUGUCUCUCAUCCUUGGAUGCACUCAGGUCACCCACUAGCCCAAAGGUUUUGUUCCUUGUGGUUUGAAGUAGAAUGUGUGCUGCUGUGUGAUAGUGUUGAUGGAAGUGGGGCGGGGCCAGCGUGGAAACAGAGUUAAUGGUACAUCACAGUAGCCUCCAUGUGCAAGCUUUGGAACACCCAUCAAGAGGGACACCUCAUCAGCUCCCUUGAGAGGAGUGACUGCUAUUAAGUGCUUGCAAUUGAAAAAAGGUCAAUUAGUACUGGAAUUAGAACCAAUAAUUAGGGUUUAUCCCUAAUGUUAAGCUUUUUAUUUGGAACCCUUCUCCUCCAAGACCAUCAGACCUACAUUAUUGGAUAAGUUCUCUAUGGAAACAAUGUGAAGUGUGUUAUUGGUUGAGUUCUCAUUGGAAACAAUGUGAAACAUAGAUUAAAUAUAUUGAAAAUAUCUUAAAUCUGUUCAGGUCUUGAUGUUAUGGCCUUUUAAAAUGUCAAUGACCCUAACAAGCUUGGUUUAGACCCAUAACUUUCAAACUGAGGCUGGUAGGGAAAUUAUCUUCAAUUAAAAAAGUCAGAAUUUAACACACUUUCAAACAAAACUCAACCAGUGUUUUAGGUCUAAUAGUUUUUGAGUUUUUGAAGCUUGUAAGUUAAACAUGUCACAUUUUGAGAAAUAUACUUUCAAAGUCUUA